AUGAUCCCGCACCGUUCAAAGCGAUCUCGCCUGACUCCAUUGGAACUUCAAAAUCUGCCUGUGCUAAGCAUCAUCACCGUCAAUAGCCAUGUGAUUGAUGCCUCUGGACGCAGCAUUGAUUACGUUUCUGGACCAAGGCGAGGUCGACUCGAGCUGGUCAGUCGUGUGGACAAUGAGUUGCGUCGUCAUGAACGCGCGGUACGCGUAAGUCCUGAUGUCCCAGUCUACUUAGCAGCGGUGCUCGCGUACCCCACGUCUGAGAUCCGCGAGUUGGCAGGCAACGCCGCUCAUGACGUGGACAUGACUCGCGUCCUCCCUACUCACAUUCACCUAGGCGCUUGCAAUAAUGACUUGAGAAGGUUAAUAAUACGUAAUUUGGUAAUCGCCAAGGCUGGUGCCUUGCCAAACACUCAGGAUGCCCUUCAACCCACAAUGGCACACUGA